CAGCUCCAGCAAUCCCAACCAGCAACAUGCAGAAGGCAACCAUCCUAAUCUUGGCCGUUGUGGCUCUCAUCGCCAUUGUAGAGGCAGUUCCGCAAAGAGUUCAUGCUCAGACAUUGGUGUAUUAUCCCCCUCGGACGCCACCACCACGUCCCAUUCGUGUACGCCGCCAAGUGCUCGGCGGCUCCUUGAGCUCGAAUCCCGCAGGAGGUGCUGAUGCUCGCUUGGAUCUUACCAAGGGAAUUGGCAACCCAAACCACAAUGUCGUAGGUCAGCUCUUCGCUGCUGGAAACACCCAAUCGGGUCCAGUCACCUCCGGUGGAACCUUGGCCUAUAAUAACCAUGGCCAUGGUGCCUCCUUGACCAAAACCCACACUCCCGGAGUAAAGGAUGUUUUCCAGCAGGAGGCCCAUGCCAACCUCUUCAACAAUGGCAGACACAAUCUGGACGCCAAGGUCUUUGCCUCGCAAAACAAACUGGCCAAUGGCUUUGAGUUCCAGCGCAACGGAGCUGGCCUGGACUACUCCCACAUCAAUGGACACGGUGCUAGCAUAACACACAGCAAUUUCCCUGGAAUCGGCCAGCAACUGGGUGCUGACGCCCGUGCCAACCUUUGGUCAUCGGCUGAUCGUGCCACUCGCCUGGAUCUGACGGGAUCGGCCAACAAAUGGACCAGUGGACCCUUCGCCAACCAGAGGACCAACUUUGGCGCCGGCCUGGGACUGUCCCAUCACUUCGGUUAAGGAGAGCCUCCUUGUUUACUUAUAAUAAUUUAUUAAUAAAACUAAAAAUCGAAAAAUGAA